CACCAGGGUCUACUCACUGUCCCCUCUCAGCAAAGGAGGAUAACAGCCAAAGGAUACACCACACACACAGUGCUCCUGACCCAGACCCACAUCUCCAGGAGAUAGGACAGACAGGCAGGAUGAUGAAUAUGUUGUCUGGAUGUGAUGACCUGGCCAAGCAGAGGAUGCAGCAAGCUCAGGCUCUGAGCAGAGAGGUCCGGGGAGAUAGACUGAACCUGGGGAAGAAGAUCAGUGUUCCCAAGGAUCUGAUGAUGGAGGAACUGAACCUGCCCUCCAAUCGGGGCUCUCGCAUGUUCCAGGAGAGGCAGAAGAGGGUGGAGAUGUUCACUCUGGAGAACCCCGUCAACGACACAUACAGCAGCAACGGGUUUCCAGAGCCCCAGCCUCCCCAGUUCUCCCCCCAGCCUGAGCCUGGGAAGGAGAACCAGACGUACCCCAUCCAUGGAAAGCACAGUCUGGUCACCACUCUGCAGAAGACUGUGGCCCUGAAGGGCUCCCCGGCCUUCCUUGCCCCAGGCUAUGGUGGUCCCCUGAAGGAAAUCCCCAAGGAGAAGUUCAACAUGACGGUGAUCCCCAAGUCCUACUGCUCCCCCUGGAGGGAAGCCCUAGGGGGGCACCAGCAGAGGCUGGACGCCCUCAGCGCUCAGCUGCCCCAGCCCCCCCAGACGCUCCAACCUGCCAACUACCGCUGCUUCAACAGAGCUGCGAUUCCGUUCGGAGGUCCCAUGGCCAGCAGGAGAGUUAUCCCUGUGGUCGGGUUUGAGGCGUCGGAAAACCAGAAUCUUCCCAGCACGACCCUGGAACACCUGAUCAGGAGGCCCAACUUCAACAGGGCGCCCCGCGGCUGGGGAGGACAGUACUCCCCCGAGUCCAGCGACUUGUGAUGGCCCCAUGACCUUUCACCACCGCCUAGUAUCUGCCUGUGACCUUUGUGAGCCUGCAGGCUGAGAGACUGAAGCCUUAAGCCACUCCCCCACCCCCCCACCCCAGAUGACCCCCCCUCCCAACAUGAGACUGCCACGGCCAUGAGGAGACGGUGUUGUGGGGGGGUCUGCGUGAGGAAGCAGUCCACAGCGCUGAGACCAUGCCAUCCUCCCUCCCACCUGUCUGACUGUGUCCCCUUUAACCCCUCUCUGAAUGAGAGCCAGUGUGAUGUGAUCCCUAACUGACGUCAGGACGAAUGAACGAGGGGAAACGAGGAAGAAUGUUGAAAUGAAAAGAGAUUUAAUGGAAUAAGGAGAACAUAUGAGCAGAAAGUUAACAAAUAAACUGAAAAUCGCCA